AUGGCCAGUGGCUCAUAUCUGAACUAUAACAGUACCUACAGAAUCUAUGGUGAGGGUUCAUGUUAUAUACAUAAUGUGCCAGACUUGUUUUCUCCAACAGCUCGUCGACCUUCGGAGUAUGCAUACGUCGCAGGAGGAGUGCCUGUGUCUCGAUCGGCUGUGGGCAUUCCUUUCAAACAAGACAGCGGUAACAAUGGAUUCACCAAUGCCUUUGGAGUUUAUAGCCAGGGUCAAGUGAAUGCCGAUAUCUACGAUUACGAUUAUGACGACGCUGCACUGGACUUAUUCCAAUCCGCGACAAUAUGCGCUCCAGUGGUCAAAAGCAAUCCCGUGCAUUGCCGUCGCUCAGGCAAUCUCUCCGUCACUAAAGAAGGAAUCAACGCCACGGCAGACGGCUGCUCCGUCUCCUCUCCUAUUUUCUCGGUCGAUCCAACGACAAGUCCCGCCAGUUCCAUUGGCGUCUGCACCGACGGCGACCAAAUCGGCAAAGCGACAAUCGUUAUCGGUUCCGUUCACGAUCACGCUUUCAAGCUGGCCGAAGUCAUGCGCGAUAUCUUGACCGCUCCUAUCGCUGCAUGGCAAAUACCCAACUAUAUCGUCGCCUGCUCGAUUGACAUGACGGACUCCAUUGACUUUCGAACCGUCAAAUAUGCCCGCGUCUCGCCGGGUACGUAUCUCGACGGCCAGGGCUACUCAUUCGAGCUCCACAGCGAUACCAACGCGAGUUGCCUGCCUCUCCAAGGAGACGAGCCCUUGACGCUUGAAACGCUUCGCACGGACGGGACACUCGCUCACGGCGCCGCUGCUUCCCACCUUUUGCUCGCUGAGAACAUCUAUCGAGAUGGCUGGUGGCACAAUCUGUAUUUGUUGGCUGUUUCCCGCGUCACAACAGACGAGCACCUCCCUAACAUCUCUAACCUAGUCUUCGACAACUCUGUUAAUGGGCUGGAAGAUACGCUUGGUGUCGUCAGUGCGGCGGCGCUGAGCAUGUAUUGGUCGAGGAUUUACGGCGGCGAAGAUAAUUGGACAUAUUGGGGGAGCGGCUCUGCUGAAUUCUCUGGGAUACGAGUUGGGCCGGGUGAGGCUUGGGCUGUCGUCUAUGUUCUACCGGAGGUGUUUGCUAUUGGAUUGCUUGUUUAUCUACUUUGGAAGAGACGAGGUAUCAAUUCGAUCAUAUAA